AUGUGGAAUGCGGUCUCUCUUCGUCUUGAUGCCCACAUUGCCUCACUCUCUACCCACCUCGAUCUGACUGGUUUCGAGGCGGCAGUGGCUGCCCAUCUUCCGAAUCUUUCUGGUUCUGGUUCUAGUUCAUCGAAUUCUGCUUCUGCAGCAACUAUCUCCGGUGGAGCGUGUGGUGUUGGUGGCCUCAUGCUGAAUCACCGGGCCUAUAAUUUAAUCAGGCCUCAUGCGGUCGCCCGUCGGUAUGCUGAGCUCGCAGCCAGUCUGCAUUCUAUUGGACAUGCCUAUCCUGGCAGUAAGUACCACUUCUUUGAAAGCAUAUGA